AUGUCCGAAGGACGCGGGCACAAUCUCUUGCAAACGAAGCGCAUCACCCAGAGCCGCAUCCGACGUGCUACGACGUGGAUCGUGAGUCUCCUCAUCUCCAGUGUUGCAGCGUAUUACGGUGUCGAGCCGUCGUACAACGGCCUCACGCUAACGUUUACCGGCAGCCAAAUCUCACAGUCUCAUGCGUUCACGGUCAUCGACCCGAGCAACCUCCGCUUCUACAACCUUCGCGUGGCGCCAAACACCCCAGCGCUAGUAUCAUCGCUUGAAAACCUAACCACGACGACGCAGUUUGCUGAGCCGCUUGUCUUUGCCCAGCUCGUUUCCAACGCCAGCGAUUACCUCUCUUCCAUGGACGCCGCGACGACCGCACGGUACUUGGCCGAUCUGGAUGUCGCGAGCGUCUACGCCGGUACGCACCACACAUCGCGCUAUGUCGAGGGCAAGAUCUACCACGCGUGGACGUCGCGGUACUUUUAUGACGGCGAGGAGGCGCGCGGCGGCGCCAUGGCCAACGCUGUCAUGCUCUUCACGUACGACGGAGACUUCUUGGAGCGACGUCGCUCGGAGAUGCUGCUGUCCGACGCGAUGGCCGUCACCGGCCUUGGGUAUUUUCGUGUCAACCGCGCAUGGGUGCGGACGAUCGACGAUCCGUUCAGCUUCCAGGGCGUUCGAGACGACGGCGCGGCGAUCGUGGUGGUUAGCUUCGUCUCGGUCCUCAACUUUAACGGCGCCAAGAUCCUUCUGGGCCUCCAAGCUCCGAAUCCGUGCUACGAUGUCUUUGAGCACAUCGAUUAUGGCUACACCAACCUCGUGACGGCCGAGUACAUUUGGCUCGGACCGCAGCUCGCGACGUACAUUGCGCAGUUUGUGGUGGUGCUCGUCGCGCUUGGUUCCGUUGAGCACGACGUCUCUGUCUCGAUCCUUGUCGACUUGGUGAGCGCAACGAGCUACUCGUCGGUGCUCCUCGUCUUUUCACUUCUCGGCAAGUACUACCUCGUCUUCAACCUCAGCAGCAUCCUUCCAUCGGACUCGGUCCUCUCCAUUUACCUCAUUUCGGUCAUUUCGCUCUACCACAAUCCGAUCGUGUCGCACUGCUGGCCGUCCAAGCUCUUGCAUCGGCAUCUUCCAUCGGGUGGUUUUGAACCUCUGGCGCUUGCCGUCACGGGCGCCGAAAUCUUUGUCGGCUGCAGCUUCAAUACCAAGCUGCAGGUCGGAACCAAUCCGACGCCGUGUGUCUUUGGCACGGGCAACUGCUUCAACGGUAUCAACUCGCGCGUCCUCGUCGUCAUGGGCAUGCAUCUCGCGGUACUUUCUCUCUAUGUGCUAGCAAUCACGUUACAUUUUCGGCGCCACCCGCGCCAACUCGUCAAAGUCCACGGCCUCUUGGGCUACGCCAAGCACCCUAUCGGAUCGCUCCCCAAGGUCUCUGCAACGACGUUCGAGACGCACUGCAACGGGCAGCUCCUCGACGGAAUCCUAGCGUCGCGGUAUCACUGCGUCGACACGCGGCGGGAACACGUUGGCACGUCGACCGCUGCCGUCAUGACGCUCGGCUUCGUGACUAUGCGUUGCGGCCUCCUGAUUCGGUUCAAAGAUUACGCAACACUUGUGGUCGCGCGCCUCCUCCCCAUGAGCUACAAGAAGACGCUGCGCAUCUCGAUCCCAGUCGCGACUCUCGCUAACAACAGCGUCGAGGGCCCGCUCACCUACGUCUAUAUCCACGAGCUCCCAGCCCAUGAUCUGUGCAUUAGCCACCCGGUCUGUAUUCUCUAA